ACAAAUAAUUAGUUCGGCUUAUACUUACAUUUGUGAAAAAUGCAGCUUCAUACUUUUCUGUCCAUUUGUUGCUUAUUUUGUGCUUUCACUAGCUUGGUUUCUUUAAAGUGUCUUCUUCUCGUCCCCGUCGGGUUUUCCUUGUCAAGAAAUAGAGGAAUAACUCCGAGGAUAAUUGAUCUAUCUUCAUUUGGUGCUUCUCAACCCUGUGUCAAGUUGUAUCACCAAGUAGUAGGUUCAUGAAUUCAUUUUAAUCGCUCGACAAGUAACAAUGAUGAUGCGUACUAUAAAUAUAGUCUACCGAUCAGCUCCACCUGCUACUUCCUCACGGGGAUGCAGGCCGGCUGUGUUGCUUCCGUCUCUUUUAUUUUUCUUGGGUCUGUACCUUACAUACUUUUCUGGGUGUAUUGUGCCAUGGAUUGAAGAUUCGAACUGCUGCACAACCUCAAGAAAGCGACCCUCAAUCAGUUUCCUCGUCCUCACCGUCAGCUUUCGGAGGAGUACGAAAUAAAACAAAAUUUUUCAUUCAUCUCGACAAGGGAAGCGAUGAGUCUUCGUGUGUUCGACAAGGAGGCUCAUCAUCAUCUGGUUCUCGCUCUACAGAUGGACAGGAGGAUGAAAGUCAUGCUAACGGUGAAGCAGGUGAUGAUGUGACGGUAGUAGGCCAGGACGGCAUCGAUACGUCGGUAGAUGAUGACGCAGUAGGAAUGUGAUUUCUUCACGGCGACAACCAACAUCAACAAAGAGCGGAUUUGCCUUUAGGAGAUGAGCAGGACACCGAAGUAGAGAAGCGAAGUCUUGAGGCUCUUGUGACCAGUCAGCUGCGGCAGAUCGAAUUAUUAGCAAACACAGUUGCAUUAGCGCAAAAAUUGGGUCCUCGAGAGCUGGAGAAUUUAGCCACGUUACUCGGGCACGCGCUGGAGGAGGAGGAAAACAAUUUUCUUGCCGCGAACAUUACCCACGAUGCUUUGCCAACGCCAGCGGCGAAUGAGAAGGCAGGACACCACUCGGUGCAACUACACCAAGUGAGUGCUGUUCUCGGGAAACAAGCUGCGGCUACUGAGCUGAAAAGAGAAGAUGCAAGCUCCACAGCAGCAAGCACUAAUGGAAACGGAGGUGGGGACGACAGUACGCGUAAGCACAGCCAAGAUCAAGUGAAAGACGCAACGACACAAACUGACUCCGAGCCAGUGCUUCCUCUUUGUGAGAUGAAGGACACGCUAGACUUGCAGGUCAGGUUGAAAUUGAAUUUGUUCCCUGGUCAACAACCGAGUGUGCAGGUAGAGGAGGUAAACCUGGACUGGGAUACACUAAGUCAACCAGAUACGUUGAAACAGGCGGAUCCGGAUCCCGGACCAAGCAGUGGGUUUUUCGGCCCUUGGUUUGGCUUUGGUUCUCUAAGUAAAGGAGGAGGCGUUGCGUCAAGUGUCUCAUGCGAUGGAAGGGUAACAGGAUAGCGAUAGUAAGGAUCAAAAUAACUUCGAAGAGGGGAAAACCACAGCAAGUUCCUGUUCACUCCCACCUUGGUCUCCAAAGAACGUAGUUGAUGGCGUUCGGAAUGGGUCGUAAUCGCUUUGACUGAAUGAAUCAAUGAUGAAAAAUCCUUGUAAUCCUGGAAGAUUUCAUCCGCAUCCGUUUCUAUGCACCCCGAGCUCUAACACUUGUUCUUCCAUCUUGUUUACUGCUUUUGACAUGUUGGGAUUGCCCUUGACUUUUACUUCAUUACAUAGUAAUAUUCGUGCAGUAAACGUUUCUUAAUUCAUCUGCUUCGUCUAAUUUUGUUGCAUAUUAGUUUGCGUGCCAGUUUUCCGGCAUUGUUGAGUUUCAAAGGUGUGUCGACAUGCCUCUAGAUGAGAGCUUCAUGAAAAUGAUGCAUGGACGAGGGCGGGUUGUGUUCGUGGAUUUUCUACACUCGUAUCAUCAUGGCUCUCGUGAUUGCUGCCCAAGUAAUUAUAUAUAAAUUAUAUCUCUUGAAGAGCCCGUUCCAGUACAACUAUGCGCUGGAUUAAUACACACGAAAUAAGAGACUUUGAGUUGGUAAAAAGAAACGAAGCUAUCAUAGCCAACGUGGAACAUUCCUAAAGUUUGUUGUCUGCAGCGUGAAAAACCAAAUAUCCUCGAACAACUUGUAAAGCGACAGAAUUUGACUGCACGAAGUCGCAGGAUGCUACAGUGUCAUUGGGUGUUGAGGUGAGAUUGCGCAGCAACAGUAUCAGUC